AUGGCGAGAUCUGUUAAUGAACCCCGGGAGAUUAGCUCUCAGGAGCAGAGUACGGGUGGUGUGCUUGGUGCGAGACACGAGGGAACCGACAAGGAGCACGAGGUCAUGGAGAAGGAGAUAAUGAAGCAGGUGGUCUCUUCCGAGUCGGGUGACCUGAAUCGAACUCAAACACUUGAAGGCCAUUUGAACGCUACGGAAGAUGAUAUCUUGGAGGCCAAAGAGUUUGCAGCCGCGUUGACCCUUGAGGGCGUCCAAACGUUAAUGCAAAACGUUCUUCAUAUUCACGAUGGCGACCCCAACUUUCCCUACGUUACUCUGCAGAAGAUCAAGGAGUUUCUCGCCAUGGAGGACAUUGCCGACAAUCAGGAAAAGCACGCCGGCUUGAUUCAGGAAAUGAAGCUCGAGGCGGCCCUCAUCACCAACAACAGCCCCUACGCCGAAGUCCGCGCCGCCGUGGACAACCACGAUGACCCCAAUAUCCCCGUAUCCACCAUUCGCGCCUGGACCAUUGGAUUCAUCUUCUCCAUCUUCCUCGCCUUUGUCAACCAGCUGUUCAGUAUUCGCCUGCCCUCCAUCCGCUUCGAAACAAACGUUGCCCAGCUGCUCGCCUUCCCGGUCGGCAAGGCCUGGGAGCGCUGGAUGCCCAAGGUCGACAUCCCCGUGCCCUUUACGAAUAUUAAGCUACCGCUCAACCCGGGUCGCUUCAACAGAAAGGAGCACAUGCUCAUUGCCAUCAUGGCCAACACGUCCCGCAGCACGCCCUAUACGGGCUACAUUGUCUGGGUCCAGGUGCUGCCUCAGUACUUCAACCAGCAGUAUGCCCGGUCCUUUGGCUACAUGCUUUGCAACGCCUUUGGCACAAACUUUAUAGGUUAUGGUCUUGCUGGCCUGACGCGCAAGUUCCUCGUCUAUCCUUCUUACUGCGUAUGGCCCUCGUCGCUCGUCACAAUCGCCCUUAACUCGGCCCUCCAUGACGAACAAAACCACGCCGUUAUGGGACCCUUUAAGAAGAUGUGGUCAUUAUCGCGCUACAACUUCUUCCUCAUCACCUUUGGUGCCAUGUUUGUUUACUUUUGGUUUCCCAACUACAUCUUCUCGGUGCUCUCCUACUUUAGCUGGAUGACCUGGAUCGCCCCAAACAACUUGAAUCUUAGCAUCUGGACCGGUAUGAGAAACGGCCUGGGACUGUUCAACCCCCUGCCGACCUUUGACUGGAAUAUCAUCUGCUUCACCACCGAUCCGCUCAUGAUUCCUUCAUUUUCGAGCUUCAACUCUGUCGGCGGUAUGUUCGUCACCGGCUUCAUCAUUGCCGCGGUGUGGUACACCAACACUUGGAACACUGGCUACCUUCCCAUCAUCGACAACAGACUCUACGAUCACCACGGCAAGUUGUACAACGUCUCGCGCACACUCGACUCUCAUGGCAUGUAUGAUGAGGCCAGAUACAGGGCAUACUCUGCUGCUUAUAUGACGGCGGGCAACUCUCUCGUCUACGGCUUCUUCUUUGCCGUCUACUCGGCCAUUGUCACCCACGUCAUUCUCUAUCAUCGUUACGAGCUCGUCAUGGGCUUCAAGAACUUUAUUCAGGGCUUCAAGUGGAAGAAGAAGAGCAAGACUAAUGUUGUUGACGGAGCCGCAGACGAUACUGUUCGUGCUAACGAGGGCGAGUAUCAAGAUGUUCACAAUCGUCUCAUGGCUGCCUACCCCGAAGUAUCGGAGUGGUGGUACUUUGGCGUCUUGGUAAUUUCCAUUGUCGUUGGAAUCUGCGGCAUUACCGUGUGGCCCACCUAUACCUCUGUUGGCGUCAUUUUCUACGGUAUUCUCCUCUGCCUCAUCUUUGUCGUCCCUAUUGGAAUCAUAUCCGCCAUGACCGGUAUCGAAAUCACACUCAACGUGCUCGCCGAGUUUAUCGGUGGUAUGAUUGUCGAGGGCAAUGCCAUCGCCAUGAACUUCUUCAAGUCGUACGGCUACGUUACUUGCGCCCACGCCCUGACCUUUGCCAACGAUCUCAAGAUCGCCCACUAUGUCAAGAUUCCUCCCCGAGUCACAUUUGCCGGCCAGAUCUUUGCCACGUUGGUCUCCACGAUUGUGUGCACGGGCGUCCUCAAGUUCCAGAUGGAUAUCAAGAACGUCUGCACCAAGGCUGCUCCGAUGCGCUUCUUGUGCCCAGGCCCCAACACCUUCUUCACUGCCUCUGUCCUCUGGGGAACCAUUGGCCCAAUCAGGGUCUUUGGCAAGGACGGUCAGUACAAAUGGCUGCUCAUGGGCUUCCCUAUCGGCAUUCUUCUCGUCCUCUUCGUAUGGAGCCUCAAGAAGGCCAUGCCCAAUAACCGUGCCCUCCGUCAGGUUCACAUUGUCGCAGCUAUUGCCGGUUCCCUGCAAUGGGCUCCCUACAGCUUCUCGUAUGCCUGGGGCGCCGUCCCCGUCGCCUGGUUCUCGUGGAUAUAUAUCCGCAGCCGCUACCUCGCGUUCUGGUCCAAGUACAACUUUGUCCUCUCCGCCUCUUUUUCCGCCUCCAUUGCCAUCUCGGCCAUUGUCAUGCUCUUCUCCGUCCAGUGGGCUGGUAAGAAGAUUAAUUGGUGGGGCAACGCGCAGGCGGCUGUUGGGUGUGAGGAUGAUGCUUGCACGUUGCACCAUCUCGCCCAGGGCGAGCGCUUCUAUCCUUGGUGGCAGGAUGGCAAGAUUCCUGCUCCUUAG